AUGGGCGGCAUAGGUAAAACAACCCUUGCUGAAGUUGUAUUUAAUAAAAUCUCUUCUGAAUUCGAAGCUCGUUGUUUUGUUGCGAAUGUAAGGGAAGAAUCAGAGAAGGGAUCAUUGGUUAGCUUAAGAAAUAAACUUCUUGCUGAAUUAUUAAAGGAGGAACAUCUAAAUCUGGGAACCCCAUCUUUAGGACCAACUUUUGUCAAAGAAAGGCUCCGUCGUACAAAGGUGCUCGUUGUUGUCGAUGAUGUAUAUCAUGUAGAACAAUUAAAAUCUUUGAUUGGUGACCGUGACCAAUAUAGCGGCGAAAGCAGAAUUAUUAUAACAACUAGAGAUGCCAUGUUGCUUAGAAAGAUUUCAGCAGAUGGAGUGUACGAGGUUAAAGAAUUGAAUUGCGAUGAGGCUCUACAACUUUUUAACUUCAAAGCUUUUAAAGAAAACUCUCGCAUUACAGAACACCUAGAGCUAUCCAAAAAAGUGGUGAAGUAUGCAGGAGGUAACCCGUUGGCAAUUACGGUUUUGGGUUCUUACUUUGGUUCUCUUCGUUCCAAAAAAGAAGAAAGCUGGGAGAUGGCAUUCAGUAAAUUAAAAGUUGUUCCUCAUAAUGAUAUUCUAAACGUGUUGAGAAUAAGUUAUGAUGAGCUAGAUGAAACCGAAAAGAAUAUAUUUCUUGAUAUCGCGUGUUUCUUCAACCGGAUGAGUAGAGAUCAUGUAGAAAACAUAUUAAAUGCUUGUGGUUUCUUUGCAAAUAAUGGAAUAGAUGAUCUAAUUGACAAGUCUCUUAUAACUAUCAAAUAUAAAGAGCUUUGGAUGCAUGAUCUAUUACAAGAGAUGGGCCAAAAAAUUGUUUGUCAAGAAUCUGCAGACCUUGGAAAGCGAAGUAGGCUAUGGAUUGCUGAAGAUGCUUAUCAAGUCCUUGAGAAUAAUGAA